GAAGAAUGCAAAUUUGUGACAAAUGCGGCAAGAAGUUUGUCCUGGAGAGUGAGUUGUCCCUCCAUCUUCAGACAGAUUGUGAGAAAAAACAUUCAGUGUAUCACAUGCAACAAGACAUUUAAGAAGCUCUGGUCCCUCCACGAGCAUAUUAAGAUCGUCCAUGGCUAUGCUGAAAAGAAGUUUUCUUGUGAAAUCUGCGAGAAGAAAUUCUACACAAUGGCCCAUGUCCGAAAACAUCUGGUUGCUCACACGAAGGAUAUGCCUUUCACUUGUGAGACGUGCGGGAAGUCAUUUAAGAGGAGUAUGUCACUGAAGGUGCACUCUUUGCAGCACUCGGGGGAGAAGCCAUUCAGAUGUGAGAACUGUGAUGAGCGUUUCCAGUACAAGUAUCAGCUGCGUUCACACAUGAGCAUCCAUAUCGGUCACAAGCAGUUCAUGUGUCAGUGGUGCGGAAAGGACUUCAACAUGAAGCAGUACUUUGAUGAACACAUGAAAACACACACUGGAGAGAAACCUUUUAUCUGUGAAAUCUGUGGCAAGAGCUUCACCAGCCGCCCAAACAUGAAACGUCACCGUAGGACCCAUACAGGAGAAAAGCCUUACCCAUGUGACGUGUGCGGCAUGCGCUUCCGCUUCUCCAACAUGCUGAAGGCUCACAAGGAGAAGUGCUUCCGGGUCACUAGUCCAGUGGGUGUUCCACCAGCCUUACAGAUUGCUCUUAACCCUUCACAAAUUGUCACCAACCUCCAAUCAGCCCACGUCCCGCCAAGCAGUCCCACGCCACCUCUGAACCUCAACGCUCUGAGUUCCUUGCCUCCACGGCCAAUCCCUCAUCCAUUUUCCCACUUGCAUCUGCAUCCGCACUCCCACGCUCACCACCUGGCAGUACCGCCAGUCCCACACCUGCCUCCACCGCCAGCUUUGUUCAAGAGCGAGGCACUGAACCACCGGGGACAGCCCGACGACAGUUUCCUACGGCACCUGGCAGAGAAGACCAGCGCAGGACAACACCAUUAA